AUGGACGAAGACGACGACGAUCUUUAUGGCGGCGGUAGUGCCGACCAGCAAAAUCAGCAGCAGACGAAGGAGGAAGACGAAGAUGAGCACAAAAUGGAAGUCAGCGAGGAAGAAGAGGACGACGACGAUAGUGACGAUGACGUCCAAAUCACACUCGAGAAACCAGAAGGCGCAAAGGCAUCAGAGCCUCCCGCAAAGCAGCAGAAGACCAAGCACGAGCGCACAGCCUCCGAAUCGAAGCCUGCAACAUCCUCAACACCGAUCAAAACCGAAGGCUCUACCGCACCUCCCACACAAGUGAAGACGACCCUUACCCACAACGGCAAAGAAGGCAAAGACUUCCCCGAAGUACGCUCCAAGAACCCCGUCGACGUCAACGCAAUACCGACAUGGACCAACGGCAAACCCCUCACAGCCGUCGACAUCGAUGCAGACCUCGCAGAAAAUAGCAAGCCCUGGCGGUUACCCGGCACGGACGCGACCGACUUCUUCAACUACGGCUUCGACGAGUACACCUGGGCCAGCUAUUGCGUGAAGCAGCAGAUGAUCGGGAACCAGAUUGGUCAGAUCAAGCAAGAGGAUGCGCAGAUGAAGGCCUUCAUGGGUAUUGGCGGUGAUGACAACAAGCAAGGUGGUGGUGGGAUGCCGCCUAUGCCACCGGGAAUGGAUAUGAAUGAUCCCAAUGCGAUGGCGAACAUGAUGCAGCAGUUCGGCAUGGAUCCUAGUCAGUUCAUGCAGGGUAUGAACGGCUUUGGAGGUGGUAUGGGUGGUAUGCCUGGAAUGGGCGGCAUGGGCGGUAUGGGUGGACAAGGAGGUGGACAACAGUUCCAACAAGGCGGAUUUGGCAAUGGGCAGAACAGUGAGACGCAACACAAUUCUCUUCACCACAGCAGCGGUAGCGAGUUCCUACUUUGGUGUACGAUGGCGACAGCAAGCGGACAGGGCUCGGAACUCGGGCACGUUCCAUGUUGA